AUGAAAGGACUGUGGUCCAACUAUGGACGAAACCGACCUCUUCUCGCCCUCUUCGCUCUCUUUGUUGUUUGGAAAUCUUUAAUCGCUCUACUCGUUCUGGCUGCCCCUGGUGUCGGAUACGACACGUCGACCAGUCUCCUGGCCGCUCGCCCUGGCCGCGACAAUGUCGCGUUCAAUAACCCAGAACCGAUGCCUAGCUCCUGGCUAAAGUUCGUACGCUGGGAUGCUAUAUACUUCACGCACAUGUCCCAACAGGGACACGUCUUCGAGCAGGAGUGGGCGUUUGGAAUCGGCUUGUCAACAGGAAUAUCUCGAACUGCGAGGUUCCUUUCUGCGCUGGGCGUAAGCGAUCAACUAUCUUCAACACUCGCUGGCAUUGUUUUGUCUCACACAUCUCAUUGGCUAUCUGUGCUUCAGCUUUGGGCUUUGACCAAGUCUAUUGCUGAAGAAAUGCAAUGUCUGAGCUACUCUAACGUACCUCUCAAUGCUGCGGCGCUGCAUAUCAUCUCUCCAGCAGGGGUUUUUCUCUCGGCUCCAUAUUCAGAAAGCCUCUUCUCAUUCCUGGCCAUGUCUGCCUUUCUCAGCUUUGUUUAUGCGCUUCAGCGGUUCAACCAAAAUCAAACCGUAGCGGCAUCUACGAGUAUGGUCCUGGCUGGUCUUACAUCAUGCGCCGCCACUAUAAUUCGAAGCAACGGGAUCCUGGCUGGGAUACCAUUCCUCUUCGAAGCGAUAGCUACGGCAUUGAGCAUCCUGUACCAGGGUCUUUCGACGGUGCGGAUGACCAAACUUGCGUCGCUCGUCGCUGGUGGACUCUUGGUGGGUAUUGGUCUGGCGUACCCGCAGUUCUUGGCUUAUAAGGAGUACUGCUAUGGCCGGGAACCUGACGACAGGAGACCUUGGUGCAACCUGACGCUCCCGUCUAUCUUCACUUGGGUGCAGUCUCAUUACUGGAACGUAGGCCCAUUCCGCUACUGGACGGUGCCAAACCUCCCGUUGUUUCUUCUCGCCGGUCCCUCGCUUUGGCUCUUGACAUACUCGGCGGUCGAUGCCUUACGGAACCCUUCGAGUCUGGUGCCAGGACUGUCUUCUGUCUCAGCCGCAUCGAUCUCAUCUAUCCAAAAACGUAUCAUAAUGAGUCUUGCGUUGCCGCAACUUUUGCUGGCAAUCCUCGCCCUGACGAGUUAUCAUGUACAGAUCAUCACCAGGCUGUCAUCCGGGUAUCCGUUAUGGUACAUAUGGCUGGCGUGCAAGCUGACCGACGAGCCGAGGACAGCUUCGCUGGCUAUCCGGUGGAUGGUGCUCUACGCCUUUAUCCAGGCCGGGCUAUUCUCGUGCUUUCUUCCCCCAGCUUGA